AUGCAAGUACGCAUGCAUAAGUUAUCUGACCUUAAUGCAAUAGUAAAUCCUCAAUGCAUAAGCCGCAGAGUGCGUCAAGCGUCAACCAAACUCUUCACGCGUCUUUUGGAGGAUAUCAUGAAAACUUUGUAUUGGGAGGAGAAAAGCAUUAUCAUCAACGGCUGCAACUUGUCGCACUUGGGUUUUGGCGACGACUUCAUUCUCGUUGCCAAGUCCGCCGCAGAACUUCGUCCAAUUGCAUGA